AUGCGUGGCCAAGGUACUUCGGUAAUGCCAGUAACAGCUGGAUGUCGUAAAGAUAUUGAACGUUUAUUGAAGUUGUACAAAGAGAAGGAAACACUUCGAUAUAAACCAUUCAUUGAAUUAUUUGAUAAAAUGAAAUUUGCGACAAUAUUUAUGGGUCGUAUGAGUCCUGCUGAGCUCUAUGAAUUUAGUGAAAAAUUGCUUCAAAUAGCAAUUUCAUAUGCUAUGUCAUAUCGUGAACGAAAACCAGCUGAGUAUGCCGAGGAACCAACAAUUGAUAAUGAGCCUAUGUCAUUGUCAGAUAUACAAUUCAGUAAUGAAAUGACUUUACAGGAACGAAUGUUUGGUAUAUAUCUAACAUAUGUUUUAUAUUUUGUGCAACCAGAAAGUUAUGUAGCACAAGUACGAGUUACACCUGAUCAGAUGGCUGAUUUGAUUGAUUUUAUCAGUGAGCGUUUAAUUCCGGAACGACAUAUUGAUGCAUUCGCUGCCUUAUUCAAACUUAUUAACGGAGGAGCAUUUCGUAUUUAUGCUUUUGAAAAAGAACAUAAUCCAUUACUUCAUCGUCGUUUUGAUCUAAGAGAAUUAGAUGAAGGUGGUUUAGAUGAAACGGAAUUGCAAGAACAUAGUUUUUUGAAAGCACUUGGUGAUGAUAUUGUACUCACGCAAGCAGAUAUCAUUUGCAAACGUUAUUUGGCUGCGAAAGAAAAAGUCAAUCUUCCGGUCGAUUUAAAUAUAAACUUAGUGCAAACAACAGUAUCAGAAAUUUACAACGAUAUUUUAAAAAGUACGGGAACAGAAAUGGAAGCAGAUACAUCGCCGAAAAAAGCACCUCGUCAAAAUUCGGGUCGCUUUCGCUCAGCAAUUAAAGAGAAAGCUUAUAAAUCGCAUAUAGUUCAUGCUCGACAUCGUCGAUAUCUUGUGGAUCCAUCGGUUUCAUCAACAAAUAGUGAAACGGAACAAGAGCAAAAUAUGAUAUCUGCAUCACAGAUGCUGAAAACUCUGAGACGUCGUUACUCAGCAGGUGAAUCUGAAAAAAGUAUGGAAGGUGAGGAUAUGGAUGAUGUUUUGUUAUUUUCUGGAAAAAAACAGUUAAAUGAAAGUGGAUCAUCGACUGAAGUAAAUGGAUCAAGUAAAAAAUUGAACAAGUCAUUAAAAGUAACAAAGAAAGGAUUGGGUGGAAGAAAGAGAGGAAGAAGUAAAUUGAGUAUUUCGGAAAUGUCACUUGCUGAAUUAACUCAUGAUCUCGGGCAAAGUGUUGCAGCUUUGAGUCAAGAAGAAAGAGAAAUCGAAAAUUCGAAGAAAGAAAGGAUUGCUGAUCGAUUGUUGGAAAAGCUUCAGAAAGUUCACGAAAAAAAUGACUGA